AUGAAUUCAGAUGACAAAGACCGGACCUGGCUGAAAUGCCAGUGGAAUGGAGAAGCUAGUGGAUGGCCUGAUUUUCUGAGAUGCGUUCGCCUCGCUUUCGAGAAGACUUCGAGGCGCAAGCGCCAUUUGCUUGGCCCAGAGAUCGUGGGCCAACUCAGCGGAAGAGCGUGGGUGGUGACUCAAGAGCUUGACCACCGACGCCUCGUGCGUCGGGAUGGGGUUGUCUACCUCAUCGAAUUCCUCCGUGACCGCUUGUGCAAAACUCCAAUACCUGACGUGGGACUGAGGCUUGAGCAGCUCAUGAUUCGGUUGCGUCGACACCCAGGAACAAGUAUGGCGACCUGGGCUACUCAGUUGCGCGACGCUUAUCGUCAGCUGCAGGUGGCGCUGGCUCGUGCUCGAAAAGGACAAGGAGUAUCUACGACAUCUUCGGCCCCGAGCACUCCAGCUAAGCCUAGAUCCUCGCGACGGACGAGUCAGGAGACGUUGGAGGAACCCCACGCCGAGGCUGAGACAGACGGCGAGAGAGAGGAGACGGAGACCCUUUUGGGUCCUCCGGAUGAGGAGGAGCUACAGCCAGAAGCUGGCGAAGGAUCACCUUUUGGCCGUCUCAGAGAUCCUCGAAGCCCUCGCCGGAAGCGCAAAGACAGCGACAGUGAUGACAGUUUGAAGGCCCUGGCCGACCUGGAGAUCUGGAACAGGUACGAAGAGAAACUCGAGGAUGUGCUUCCGAGCGAGCUGCUUGGCUGGCUUCUCUUAAGAAGAGCUGGACUUUCAGCCCAGGCACGUCUGAGCGUGCAGGCUGCGUCUGGCAAUACUCUCGCUCUCGAUAGGAUCGAGCUGGCUCUCCGAGGUAUGGAGGAUGAGCUUCUGGCCCAAGAACAUAGUCGUGGGCCACCUCCACCCGGACGCCGACGCUCUUACUGGGUCGAAGAAGAAGGCCACUGGAGCAUUCUUCUGGCCGACGCAGAAGAUCUUCAAGACAGCCUCGAAGGCAUCCCGCUGCAUUAUGUCGGCGACGAGUCUUUGUUCCACGUGUGGCCUGAUGCUCAGGAGUCGGUGGAAGAUUCUUGGCCUGAAGAGGCCGAAUCUACGUACUGGGGCGAGGACCCCGGUGCCUGGCCGGAGGACGAGGACCCUACCGCGUUCUUGACCGCGGAGGAGCUGCAGCAGGUUGACGAGGCCUACCAAGUUGCGGAAGGCAAGCUUCGAUCCUUUAUGGAUGCUCGUCGUGCAGUGCGAGCACGGCACUUGAGUCGUGGCUUCUAUCCUUUCUCCCCGCAGUCCAAGGGCUUCAAGAAAGGGAAAGGAAAAGGCAAAGGUUUUCGUCCUUCUGGAAAAGGAAAGACAAAGAUGAGCAAGGGCAUGACGCCUUCGUCACCAACUUCUACUCUUUCCUUGCCGGUGUUGAUGAGUGAAGCCUCGACCUUUGCCGUAGGUCCUGGCCAGGCAGGCUACAGCGGCUGCUUCAUAUGCGGAGAUCGUGGGCAUCAAUUCCGUGUUCAUGGUCGAGCCCCUCGAGCCGAGUCCAUCGACUACCAGAGCAUUCCCUUCGACUACGCCAUCGACUACCAGAGCAUUCCCCUCGACUAUGCCGUCGACUACCAGAGCAUUCCCGUCGACUUCGCCAUCGACUACCAGAGAGUGUUGACAGUUCAGGAGUCCGUUGCUGAGGAGCCACCGGAGAUCGCAGAGGUUGGCGAUGCCCCAGACAUGAUUCUCGUCCAGAAAGAUGUAUCUGGGUCGAAUUUGGAUGGCUAUGCUGUGUUAGAUUCAGGCGCGACUGAAACCGUUGGCAGUUUACCAGCACUUGAAGCUCUUAUGGUUGCCAGGUUUGCCAUAACAGGAUCACCCGAGCAGGUCAUGGUCACGAACGAAGCACCCAAACGCUUCAAGUUUGGCAAUGGUGCCCAGGACAUGUCAUCUUCACACAUCCUGUUGCCAGUGACAUUGGGUCAGCAGCAAGUUCCAAUGGGUAUAUUUACCUUAGAUGUCGUUGGAGUUCCCCUUUUGAUAGGGAUAAAGACCUUACGGCGGUUGUGCUCUGUGCUUGAUUGUCAUCGUGGUGUCUUGGUGAUGGGAGCGGUCGACCCGCACCGAGGCAUAAAGCUCAUGCGCAGUGGCACCGGACAUUUGCUGCUAGACCUGAGGCAAGACCUUAUGGUUCACUCUUUCAGUCUCUUGGACCCAUACCAAAAGGUAUCUUCGAGCUGUGUUCCGCACCGGGAAGAAACAUCGUUCAUGGUUCAGUCCGUGCAGCUUGGUGCCGCCAGCAGUGAGAAUGUCAACCAUGUUGACAUGAAUGCUGAUGCAUCUGGGCUCGAGGAAGGAUCUCAAGGCCCGGCGAAAACUUCCGAGCUGAAGGUGAAGGAGAAGAGCGAAGCCAAAUUCGAAGCUCCGUCAGGAGCGGCCAAGACCAAGGCCAAGAAGAGCGGCUACGCGGCCCCUCCGCUCGAUUGGGAUCGGACGGUGGAAGCGGAUCCUCGAGACCCCCGGCAUCAAGGUCCACCAUGUCAUGGCGAGCACAAGGCGGCCCGGAUGUUCAAGGGCAGCCCCUCCGGCUCGAACCAGUAUGGCCAGUGGAUAGCGUGCGAGAGGUGUCUCCUGCGACUGUCGUACACCCCUCGAGCCGGAUGUCACGCGCUCCAUCGCUCCCCCGGAGCACUGCCCAAGGAUGUGACGGCGGCGGUUGCGGAAGAGCUGCCUGGCCUGGACACUUUGAAGGACAAGGACAUCGGAUGGGCAGCCGCGGAGAAGAGCGCAGAGGACAAUCUGACACGAAUCAAACAAGUUCGAGCCAGCCAGAAGGGAGCAGCGCCCAAGCGAGGAAACCCCAAGGCCCUUGCCCACAAAGUUCCAGUUCCCGAGACACCGACUCCAACCUCCGGAACAUCAUCAGUGAUGAGCUCUCCGGCGACUUCACAUCUCCUGGUGGACCACGAGGAGAUCUCCGAGGGCAUGCAGGCAACACCAGGAGUUGGAGUAUGCCGAGAGGAGCAGCGGAAGACCGUGAACUAUGCCAUCCUGGAGAAUGAGGAGAACAUCGAGGCCUUGGCUGAGACCUACAACAUGGCGAAGGACUACAGCAUGAAUGCAAUGGAAGAUCUUCUUGGACAACUUCGUGCCGCUCAUGCUGUACCACAACGGAAGUUUAUGACGCAGAAGAACUCGACCUCCUUCUCGGUCAGUUACGGCCUGUAUGCUCAUGGUUCCCAGUCUGGCAUCAUGAACUCCACCUUCCAGAACCCUCGGCUCUGUCAGUUUGUGAACAGGUGGCUUCGGCACUGGGCUCCCUCUACCGCGAGAUGGACCACCUUCUCCAUCCUCUACAACGUUGAAUCGAGGCCCCAUCGUGAUCUUCAUAAUUUGCGAGGUCAACCAAACUUUGUGAUCACUUUUGGUCCUCAUGAACAUGGAGAGCUGUGGUUAGAAAAGCAGCCCGAGGAGCCAGAGACCGGGGACAUGCGAGCAAGACGGAAACCUUCAGGUUCGCUGGCAAAAGGGAGACUUCUCUCUCCCUACCACCGGGUGGUCGACUCUUACUCUGACCAAUGGCAUGCGACGAUGCCAUGGACCGGGACCCGGAUCGCCAUUGCGGCCUACACGGUCAGGUCGUUUCGGGACGUGGAUACUGAGAUGCGUAACCAUUUGCUCUACUACAACUUCCCGCUUCCAACGACUCCCCGGACUGACUCCGUGCUGUUUGGUGAGGAGAACUCUGGAAUGAAACUCAGCUGCCUCACCGACUACGAGCGCCAACAAAUCUCCAAUGACUACCAGGAAUUUCAGGAUCUUCUCUUUGAGGACUUUGAGGACCCUGAGAGUGGAUCCGGUUUGUUUGCGUUAGAACUCUGCACCUCCACCUCCUCGCCCCUACUUGAUGAACUACGAGCACGUGGCGAGCAAGUUCAAACCUGCGGCUUCUCUGAAGGAGGUGACUUGGGAACAGUCCACGGCGCCGAGCUGGUGCAGAAGAUCCUCAAUGAGAAAAGGCCACACUGGUUGGUGUGCCAUGUGCCAAAGGGCCCCAAGCGUCGAGACCUUCAGGACCAAAUGACGUCCUCCCUCUGGAAGCACUACAACAAGGUGGUUCGGCACCUCAUUGAAGUUUCUCAGGCUCAGAUCCAACGAGGUGGAGAAGUCUUGUGGAUACAGCAGCCUGAGAGCUCGGUUCGCUUCUCAGCUGCAGCAAGGACGUUCUGGUACCACCACCAAACUUACGCUGAAGGAAGAACCCUUCGAUGUGGACCUCACCUCCUCCGCUCCACCUCGACAUCUCUGCUUCAGAGCACUCCGGCUACUACGGAUGAGGAUCCUGGACUUUGGCGCCAUGUGGCCUCGACUAUGAGACAGGUCGUUCGCAAUGAUGCAGUCUUCGGUUUGAUUGGAGCCGUGGAUCUGACUGCGCUCGAGGGCCUGACUUCAGCUGAACUGGGCGCCCUCAUGGAACGAGUUCAUCGCAUCCAUUUCCGCCUGGGACAUCCUUCGAAUCGUCUGCUGAUCAAGAAUCUGCAGGCCAGGCACGCAGAUAAGAAGCUGAUCGCUGCUGCCUCCCAACUGAAGUGUGACGCGUGCCUUGAGAGCCGGGUUAAGGCACCUCGACCCCCGGUGGAUCUCUCACGCUCAGAUCGUCUAUGGACCGACCUCCAGAUGGACCUUUUCCAUAUGAAGAUCGACAACCGUAUCUACCACUUCCUGUUGUUUGUGGAUGAAUGCUCCGGCUAUGCGGUUAUCCGUCUGGUGUUUGAGCACCCAGCUUCGCAAGGAGGAAACGCCACCUCGGCGCAGAUUUGCCACUUGCUUGAAGAAGCCUGGACCCAGUACUUUGGGUACCCAGAACGGAUCAAGUUGGACGCCGAGAGCGCUCUUCGAGGAGCCCUUCUUCGUGAUUGGUGCUCCACACGGGGUGUAGAGCUUGUGCAUGCGCCCGCCGAGCACCACCAGUUUAUCAGUGAAGUGGAGAGAUCUAUAGGAACUCUUCGUCGGAAGAUUGAAGUUUUCAUUCGUGAGCGUCCAGAACAACCUCGACAGGUUGCGCUGUCGAUGGUCACGGCGCACAACAGCAUGGCCCGCAUCCACGGGUUCUCACCACUUCAAUGGACCCUGGGCCGUGACAUGUCUUUGAGUGGCCACGUGAAUGAGUCGCCUGGAGAGCUGUCAGCACUUUCUAGUGCAGGCACUCCCGGCUCGGACCUCCACCAAGUUCAACGACUGCGACUGGAAGCGUCGAAGGUUUUCCUGGAGGCACGGCAUAAAGAGCUUGGAGACAGGGCAGCCCGAAGCGCUGCGACCGCCUACCCUCAUUUUCUUCCCGGAGACUUGAUCUACUACCGCCGGUACAAAACUCCAAGCGACCUCCCUGCCAACGCCUCGACUGACCACCCUCGGAUGUCAAUUUCUCGGUGGUUUGGCCCUGGGAGAGUGCUGGCGACUGAGACCCGUGGAGCUGCGGGCGAACGACGACCCUCUUCACAUCUAUGGAUCAUCGCCCAAGGUCGUCUCAAGAAGUGCCACUACACGCAGGUUCGCGCAGCUUCAGAAGCCGAGCAAUUGAUCGCUCAGCAGUCGACCGGGGUAACUUUUCCGUGGACUAUGUCAAACUUGACCUCUCUGCUCAAUAAAGGAGCCUAUGAGGACCUGACCCGGGAUCAAGCCACGUUUCCUGAUGACUUGGAGUUCCCGGACGAGGAUGAGGAGGCCCCACCAGUUCCUGAAGCUCCUCCUCUACUACCUCCUGAUGGACCACCGUCUGAUGAAGAGAUGAUACCUGUGCCAAAAGCUGAGGCUGCCCAAGGACACAAAAGGCGUGGUCCCGAAGUCAACGAGGAUGAAGAAAUGAUCCCGGGCGACGAGAACAUCGACCUCAACAAGCUCUUCAACGACCCUGAGUACAUGCCAUUCCAGCCUAUCCCUGAGCAUGCCCGAAUUCCCUCGUCAUCUACUACCAGCUUUCGCGAACAACGAGCAAGGCAUGAGCAGGAGGAUAGGCCAUGGCACGUCUCUCAGACAGCCGAGUCCAACCUCUAUUACACCACUGACGACUCCGACAAGGCCUUUGCAGUAACGAUUGAUGCCCCUUCGGAUGCUCAGGCAUGGAAGCGAAUGGUCAAGAACCCUGAGAAGUUCAUGAGCAAGGCCGUCUCCAAGGGUGUUGAGGUGAGUUGGCAUAAGUUAUCACCUGAGCAACGACGUGCCAUGGGUGAGGCGAAGAGCUUGGAAGUUGCUCAGUGGGUCCAACUUAAGGUGUGUAAGAAGGUGGCUGAGCUGGUUCCGGAGCACCAACUGUUGAGGAUGAGAUGGGUCCUGACCUUCAAGGAAGCUCCAUCUGAUGAUGCCGGCAAGCCCCAGGUGAAAGCGAAGGCGCGCAUAGUGAUCCUCGGCUUUUCGGACCCUGGAUUGCUUGAGGACAGCACUGCAUCCCCGACUAUGAGUAAGCUCACUCGCCAACUGAUGUUAAACAUGGCGUGCAUCAAGAAGUGGCAGAUCUUUUCAGCGGAUGUACGAACAGCAUUCCUGCAGGCCCGACCAGCCGAUCGUGGACGCCGACUUCUGGCCAAACCACUUCCCGAGCUGGCGGAGGAGAUGAAUCUCUCCCCUCAAGAAUGCGUGGAGCUCACUGGCUCUGCAUAUGGACUCGCCACGGCCCCCAAGGAGUGGUUCACGGAUGUCGCGGGCACGAUCAAACGUCUGGGCGGCAUUCAGUGCCGCACGGAUCCCUGUGCCUGGAUUAUUCUAGGCGAGGACAAUGAAGUUGCUGGAGUCCUGGCCAGUCAUGUCGACGACUUCUUGAUCAUGGGCAGCGCCACGGACAAGAACUGGUUGGACUUCAUCGCCAACUUCAAGCAGGCCUACACCUGGGCGCCAUGGGAGCACUCCAGCUUCUCUCACUGCGGGAUCCGGCUGGUGCAACAUGAGGAUUGGUCCAUCACCAUGGAUCAUUCGAGUUUCUGCAGCGACUUGGUGCAGAUGGACCCUGUUCCUUCAGGAGAGAGCAUGGAUGAAAAUCAUGUACGGCAAGCCAAAGCCAUACUGGGAUCAGUCCAGUGGAGGGUCACCCAGUCAGCCCCUCACCACGCUGCUAAGCUUGGUUUCCUCCAGACGCUGGUGUCCUCUCGUGAUGGCUCAUGCGUGGAGCAAAUCAAUAAGUUGGUAAGAGAGGUGCACAGCGCCAAGCAUAUAGGGGUGCAAGUGCAGAACCUGGGUGACUUCGAUGCCAAGGCCGCUGUGUUCGUCGCGUGGACGGACGCCUCCCUUGCAAACCGCUCGGAUGGCUCCAGCACAGGCGGAAUGAUCAUUGGCAUGAUGAACCCAAAGGCUGUUGCUCUUGGGCAAGGAAAGGUCAAUGUGACAGGCUGGAGGAGUUACAAGCUACCUCGGGUGGCAAGAAGUUCUUUGUCAGCUGAGGCCCAAGCCCUCAGUCACUGCGAACAGGAGCUCAUGUACACCAGAUUGGCUUGGUAUGAGCUCAACGGCGGCAAGGUCGACGUCAAGGACCCUGCCUCAAGCACCUUCCAAGUGGCCGCGCAUAUCUUCAUCGAUGCACGAGGCGUGUACGACACGCUCAUGAAAGCUGACCCCGGCAUGGCCUCCUUCAACGUCAAGGACAAGUACCCCUCUCUGGAGCUCAUGGGGAUCAGCGAGAAUCUCAGAAAUCAGAAAACCGUCCUGUGUUGGUGUGACUCCGACCACCAACUAGCCGACGGCUUGACCAAGUCCGCGAAGCAGGACAUCGUGAAGAAGUUCCUGCUCCAAGGCCACUGGCGACUUCGCCAUCCAGGAGCAUUCAUGAGCGCGAAACGCCGUCGCGCUCUCGACAACUGUACAGCCGGUCGCAUGCACGUGAACCUGAGCCUUCGUGUAUAG